AUGAGCUCGCUCAAGCCCGAACGAUUCGCCAGAAAGGGGUCGGGCGUCGUCUUCCAGGACGAAGAUUUCCAGCGCCGCACGCGCGAAAAGAUCUUGCUGCUGGUCAAAGAGGUCUCGGACGCUAACACCCCCAACAACGCCCUGAUCGCCAGGAAGGUGAUCAAAUAUCGCAAGUUAACCAGCUACCGAGUGACGCAAUGCGUCUGA